GUUACGUGGCGCCAGGCGGUUGGCGCGCUGGUUUAGGCCAGAAACAAGUGACGUUGUUGAGGUACGAGCUGGAAAGUUAACUCCAUUGUAGAGAUAGAGUGAGAGAGAGAUAAGAGAUAUAAUCAGUGAAUUAUAUCUUCAUUUUAGACUUUCAGGGAGAGAUUAUCAGUGAAUAUCAUUUCAGAGGUAGAAAGUAACUUCAUUUUAGAGAGAGAGAUUAUCAGUAUCAUUUUAUAGAGAGGGAGAGUAGACAGAGAGCAUCACUUAUCAAUGAAGUACCUGUUGCAGUAGAAUACUUCCAUGAUUUCGUGAUAGAGCUUUUCAAAUCGAAGGGCUUAGAGAGAGAGAGAGGGUUUAAGUAAGAAGCUCUUGCAAGAAAGUUCCUCACGAGAAUUCGCAGUCUGACUGGAAGAAAGCUCACACAUUUGCACCCUUUCUACUUGCAAAAACCCAUAUCCAAAUGGAACCAGCGAAUACAACUCUUCUCUGUGCUCCAUUGGUGGCCCAAACUGUGGAUGAGAUUUUACUUCAAAUGAAUCAAGCUAAAGUUCAUGGAGCAGACCUUGUCGAGAUCCGCUUAGACACUCUCUCUAAUUUUAAGCCUCAUGAAGAUCUCAAAGUAUUGCUACAACAGCGGACAUUGCCGGCCAUUGUCACUUACAGACCCAGAUGGCAAGGUGGUCAAUAUGAAGGUGAUGAGCGUCAUCGACUUGAUGCACUUUUCAUGGCAAUGGAAUUGGGAGCUGAUUAUAUUGAUGUCGAGCUUCAGGUCGCCCAUGACUUCAUGAGUUCCAUAACUGGAAAGAAGCCUAGCAAAUUUAAGGUUAUAGUUUCUUCACAUGAUUAUCAAAACACCCCUUCGGUUGAGGACCUUGGUGAUCUGGUCGCAAGGAUACAAGACACUGGAGCUGACAUUGUUAAGAUUGCAACAACUGCCACAAACAUUGCAGAUGUGGCUCGAAUUUUUCAUGUGCUUGUUAAUUGUCAAGUUCCCAUUAUAGGACUGGUUAUGGGUGAGAAGGGAGCAGUCUCACGAUUUCUUUCCCCAAAGUUUGGUGGAUAUCUCACUUAUGCUACACUUGAAGCUGCAAAUGAAUCUGAACCUGGGAAACCUACAUUGCAAAAUAUGCUUGGCAUCUACUAUUUCAGACAGAUAGGAAGAGACACAAAAAUCUACGGACUAAUUGGAAAUCCUGUGGGCCACAGCAAAUCCCCUGUUCUUUACAAUGCAACUUUUAAGUCUCUUGGUUUUAAUGCAAUAUUUGUGCAUCUAUUGGUGGAUAACAUAAGAGAGUUCUUUGAUGUGUAUUCCUCCCCAGAUUUUGCUGGUUUCAGUGUGACCAUCCCUCACAAGGAAGAUGCACUUAGACUUUGUGACGAGGUUGACCCAGUUGCCAAGUCUAUAGGAGCUGUGAACACUAUUGUUCGAAGACCAAGUGAUGGGAAAUUGAUCGGCUACAACACAGAUUAUUUUGGCGCUAUUUCUGCUAUAGAGCAUGAGAUGAGAGGCUCAUUUAGCUUGAAGGGUGCAGCUGAAUCACCCCUUUCUGGAAGAUUAUUCAUUGUUAUUGGAGCUGGUGGUGCUGGAAAAGCAAUUGCUUAUGGUGCCAAAGAAAAGGGAGCAAGGAUUAUUAUCGCUAACCGUACUUAUGAACGAGCUAAAGAACUUGCCAAUUUAGUUGGAGGAGAAGCUAUAACUUUGGGUGAUUUAGGGAGCUUCCAACCUGAAGAAGAGACCAUUCUUGCAAAUUCAACUUCUUUAGGGAUGUAUCCAGACAUAGACGGAACUCCGAUAUCGAAGGAAGCUCUGAGAAGAUAUGCUGUGGUCUUUGAUGCGGUUUACACCCCAAAAGUUACACAGCUUUUGCAUGAGGCGGAGGAAGUUGGAGCUGUUGUUGUGAGUGGGGUGGAAAUGUGGGUUAGACAAGCCUUUGGACAGAUAGAGCUUUUCACUGGUUCUCCAAAGGCACCAGAGGAAGUGAUGCGCAAGAUCAUCCAAGAAAGAAUUUGAAAAAUAAUAUUAAGGCCACUCUACUGCAGUUGAUAUUGCCUUUUCCUUCUUCGUUUUGGGGGG